CUAGGCAUCAAUUUCAUUGACACAGUCUGUCAAACUGGUACCUCCUUCGAUGAUCCUGAUCGAUUGACGAGUGCCCGCACAGUACUAUCGGAAAGGCUUGUACCCACUGAAGCAGCUGCCCACCGGAAUCGGUUCCGAGGUCGCAGGGACCAUCGUCGCUUUGCCAACUUCCUCCGAUGUGCUGGACGACCCGGAAUACAAGGCGCGCGGAUUCAAGAUCGGAGACAGAGUCGUUUGUAGUGGAGGCGUUUUCGGUGUGCAUACGGAUUAUGCGAGCAUCAGAUGGCGCGCCGUUGUGGUUCUCCCUCCGAAUGUCUCGACGCGAGACGCUGCGGCUGCUUCCUCCCAAGGUCUCACGGUGUUAACAUUCAUCGAAGAAGCAUACAAAGUCAAGAAGGGCGACGUCAUCCUCGUGCAUACUGUCGCUGGCGGCCUGGGACUGCUUUUCGCGCAGAUGAUCAAACGCCGCGGCGCCACGGUCAUCGGGACUACUUCGACCAAAGAGAAGGCCGAGCUCGCCAAGGCCAAUGGCGCCGACCACGUUAUAUUAUACAAGGACGAAGACACGGUGAAACGGGUAUUGGAGCUGACCGAUGGGCAGGGCGUGGACGCUGUUUUCGACGGUGUCGGGAAGGACACGUUCGACAGCAACUUUGUGAUGCUCAAGCGCAAAGGGACAUUGGUCUCGGUCGGCAAUGCAUCUGGGGCCGUUCCGCCUAUGGCACCUUUACGAUUGGUCGAGAAGAACCUCAAGCUGCUGAGACCGACUGUGGGCAACUAUCUUGUCACUACGGAAGAAAUCGAGCACUACACGGGAGAACUGUUUAAAUUGCUUUCAAGCGGAGAGUUGAAGAUCCAGAUCUACAAAGACUAUCCAUUCUCAGCUGAAGGAGCCAAGCAGGCACAGAGAGAUUUGACCGGGGGGAAAACCACGGGAAAGCUGCUGAUCAAGGUCGAAUAAUCAUGAAUUGUAUGAAUACUGCAACUAGGACAUGAACUGGGUCUUUUACCUCUA